UCAAUGCUACCAUUCAUCACGUUUUGUCUUUUAAUUCGAGACAAAACGGGGUUUUUUUGCUUUUCCCCUCAGGUUUUUUGUGUUGUAAAGCUUAGAGUGUAAUUUCACACAUGAACUCAUAUUUGUUAUCAAUUGAAAAACUAUGAAACGACAAUGGGAAAUUUCUCAAUGAGCUUAAUUGAGCACCUUCACUCUGCCCAUUUGCCAAUUUACCCAUCCAUCAUCGCCCAAAUGGUGUUUUAUUAGCUUGGCAUAUAAAUAGUCACAAAUUGUGAUUAAUUUGUAUCAGUUCACCAACGGCUCCAAUCGAAUUAGCAUUUUUAUUAUAUUAUUACUACAAUUGUAUUUCAUUCGAGUGAUUUGUGGAUUAGAAACAAUGGCGAAAUUAUUCCUUAUUUUGGCUACUGUACUGUGUGUUCUUGCUGCUUUGGGUGUCCAAGCCCUUGAUAAGGAUGAAGCUGUUGCCAAACUCAUGAGCACCGCUGAGGAAUGUAAAAAGGAAGUUAAUGCCAAGGAUUCCGAUUUGGAAGAGAUGGCUGCCCGUAAACCAGCCUCCACCAAGGAGGGCAAAUGUCUGCGUGCAUGCCUCAUGAAAAAAUUCGAAGUGAUGAAUUCCAAUGGUAAAUUUGUUCCAGAGGUUGCUGAAAAGCAUGCUGCCAAAAUGACUGAUGGCUCUGCUGAUAGACUUAAAAUGGCCCGUGAAAUUAUCAAUGCCUGUGCCAACAUUGAAGUCUCCUCUGAUCAUUGCGAAGCAGCUGAACAAUACGGAAAAUGUUUCAAAGAUCAAGCUGAUGCCCAUGGCAUUAAAGAAGAUUAUAAAUUUUAAAUGUAACAAAAAAAUAAGGCCGAAUUUUUAUAGUCUUAUUUGAAAUAUUCCAUGUUUUGUUAUGGAGUAAUCAAACAAUUUUGUAUUCUUUUAG